AUGGGGUUAAUCUGUAUUGCGCUUAAGAUCCCAAAAGGCAUAAACAUUGGAUUUCUACUAGGUCUGCUGGACUCUUUGAAGUUCGUGGUCAUGGUGGCACUUGCUCGUCUGGGUCUUCUCAAUUCGCCAGAACAAGUAGCUGAUGCUGAAGAAGACCAUUCCACUGAUUCCACAAUUCGCCAGAACAAUUAUGUUCUUGUGAUGGAUGGAUUAUCUCCAUCGCUAAUCCCACUCCAGAGUCUAAUGGGCUUGAUCAAGAAGACUCUUUCUGUGAUGGAAUACAGCAAUCUUCUUGAAAGAUACGGGGCGCAUGAUGAUGAAGAUCAUGUGGAUAGGUUAUGUUCUGUCUGCUUGAAUUGCGUGGAGAGAAUCCAUGAAGUCAGGGAGCAGCCUAACUGUUGUCAUGUGUUCCACAGGGAGUGCCUGGAUAGAUGGGUGGAUGAGGGCCGGGUGACCUGCCCUUUGUGCAGAUCACUGCUGUUUCCAGCCAGGGGAGAGAGCACAAGAAGUGGAAGGAAUAUUGAUCAUUUUGUUGGUUAG